GUGACCGACUCAUGCUCAUUGGCUUCACCACGCAGCGCACGGAUGACUGCCAGCAGCCGACCAUAGCUUGGCCCACCCGGCAGGCUCCUGUUAACACCCCUGUGGAAGGGCCCACUCCACAGGCACCUGAGCAGGAACCAGCAAUCGAGGUGCCGAGUUCCGAUGAAGGAGAGGACAAAGUAGAGGACUUCGACGCAUCGACGAGCCGAUGCCGUGGCCCUGCUAUUCGAUGUCGGCACACUAAGGAAUGGCGAGAAUUGGUGGACGGUUUUGGGUUGUGCUCUCCCGGUCGUUGGCGUCCCUUGGCUCGUGAUGCGAGGGCUAGCUCAUCUGAGUGGGAGCAUGCAGAGAAGCUCCGGGGCGUCUUGUUGGAGGCGGUCCGUACGACGAUCAAGGACCCGAGGGCUACUGCGUAUGCACUGGCCACGGGCAGGAUGCAAGCAUCGCCUUUCAGUCGAGAGGUCGUACAAAGGGUCCGCACCCAGUUAGCUAACUUGUUGCCAGAUCCUGAAGCUGCUCUCCGCAUGCCACCGGGACAGCCCUUCAUGCUGCACUUGCUAUCGCAGUCGCUUGAAGUUCUGGGUGAUCCCGACUUCAAGAUAUUGGAUCACGGAACGGAAUCGUUUGCAGAGGGGGUCCCACUGGGCUGGGAUAAACCUAUCCCGAGGACCCCUCAGGUCUUUUCCCAACGGACAACUUUCAGGAAGCUUGACGAAUCCGAGUAUGAUCCUUCGAUGCUGAACUAUCGUUCUGCGGAGUUGAACGCGGAGCAGCUUGAAGCCAAAUUCCGGGAGGACGAGAGUGCUGGGUUAAUGCUUUGCACAACGGAGGCUGAGGCCAAAAGGACUUAUGGCGAAGAUGCUGUGCUCAUCGCCGCGAUGGGCGCAGUUACGAAGGCCAAUGGGGAUGUGCGGCCAUUGCACGAUGGAACACAUGGCAUCAACUUGAACAAUAAAAUUCGGAUCCUUGACAAGCUGCAGGUUCCGGGGCCAGAGGAUUUGCAGGAGGUGGCUUCAAGGGUCAAAGAAAGCAAGGAGGCUCCGUUUGCAUUGUGUGCUGACAUCAAGCAAGCACAUCGGAACGUUAAAGUGCGUGAAUCAGACUGGUUAUUCGCGGCCGUAGGCCGGUGGGCUUUUCGCGUGCUGCAAUCCGACAGUUUCUACAUGUUGAUUUAUGUCGAUGACUUGCGUGUGAUUGUCUACGGACCCGAUAAGUUCAUCACGCUUUGGGCUUUGUUCUUAGCGCUGGAGGUCUUGGGAACUCCAUUUGCAUAUCACAAAUUCCAUGGUGGCCUCGAGAUGGACUACAUCGGAUAUCACAUCAACUAUUUUGCUUGGGCUUCCGGGAUCUCCGCGAAGCGUGCAGGAUGGAUCACUGAAUGGAUCACCCGGGCCGAGUCCUCGAACUGGGUCGUCACCGGGCGUCAGCUGGUCGAAUUUGUCGGCCGCAUGAACUUUGUGACAAGGAUGCUCACUUGGAUGAAACCCUUCCUCGCCCCGCUGUUUGCGUGGCAGUCCGUCUUGAAUCGCAGCACUGCAGCGCAACUUCCUGAGAUGGCAAUCCUUGGGCUGCGUUUCUUUCGGUUUCAGUUUGAAGCUGGAGCCCGCUUGGAUGCAGUGCAUAU